UACUAGACGAACUUCAAGGGCAUCAAGGUGCAGCCUCUUAAUGAGUUGUGUUUGAUGUUCGAGUGUGCGUGCUUGGGAAGCUUCGGCUCGCGAUCGUGGUUUUGAUGGCUUCGAACGUUAUGACCGCCGAAGGUGUGAGCAGUACCGCUUCAACUACCGCGGUUGGGAGCGAGCUUUGGUCGCUCGGCAUUGGGACGACGACGGCUUCGCUGGAACACUUGCUGAGGGAAAAUGUUUCUACCAUCCUGGACCUUCAGCUCAACGAGGCUCAGUGUGCCGAGCUUGACGGCCGGUAUGCGGAUCAAGGAAUAUCCUUGGCAGUGGAACCACUCUCGGUGCGUCACACUGCCGGACCAGAACAUCAGAGCCAGCAGCCGCUUGCACACGAACCUGACAUUCUUUUUGGGCAAGGUUGCCCAUCCGCUUGGGACUCCUUCACUUGCUGGCCGCCCACCGAGGCAGGAAGGGCGCUGCGCAAGCCGUGCGCGCACAUCAUCGCCUCUCUGGACAUCUCAUUGGCCGAGUCGGACGCUUCUCUAGCCAAAGGCCUCUACGCCUACCGAGUGUGCGGAGAUGACGGCAACUGGCUGUGGGGGAACUGGACCAACUACACCGAGUGUCUCGGUUUGAUCAAUCAGCAGUCCGGUCAGCAGAGCAGUUCCGCCGUCUCCUUGGCAGUCGUCUACAUUUUACUACUGUUCUCCCUGCUGUCGCUCAUUUUCCUGUCGGCGAGCAUGUUCAUCUUCUGCUACUUCAGGUCUCUGGAGUGUCCCAGGACGAGAGUGCAUCGCAACCUGAUGCUCGCCCUGGCGGUGCAUGCGGUCAUGCUGGUGGUACUGUCCACGCCGCUUGCGCUUCAUCCAGAUGCGCCGACGCCCUUCGCGCAAACGCCCGUGCUGUGCAAGUGCGUGCUGUCGCUGAAGAUGUACGCGGCCACGGCCUCCAUCAAUUGGAUGUUCGUCGAGGGACUGCUGCUGCACUCGCGCGUCGCAGUCUCCGUCUUCCGGCAGGACGCGCCCUUCCGGCUCUACUACGCGCUCGGCUGGGGAUUACCCCUCGCGUUCAUCCUGGCCUGGGCGUACAUGACAGAAAAAGAGCUGCGAACGGCAUGCUGGGAAGGCUACGGGUCCAGCUCCAACGUGUGGAUACUCAUAGCUCCGCGACUCGUCGCCAUACUGGUGAACUCCGUGUUCCUGGUGAACAUAGUAAGGAUCCUCGUGACGCGCAUUAAGCCCAAGGCGUCGGCACUGGAAACUACUCAGUUCAGAAAAGCCAUCAAGGCCACUGCACUGCUCUUUCCUCUGCUGGGCAUCACGCACCUUCUGUUUUGCAUCAACCCACAGAACGAGACUAUGGGACUCAAGGAAGCCUACAUGAUCAUCAAUGCUGUCCUCCAAUCCUCGCAGGGGAUAUUCGUGUCGGUGCUGUACUGCUUCAUGGAUUCAGAGUCAGACAGCGGCAGCAACGAGACUCGGCGUUCAAGGUCGGCCUCUCCGUCCGCCCUUUCGAGCCCGAGAAUGUGUUCCCCGACGCUUUCUCUCAUGGAGGUGUCCGAAGAGGAGGAGCCGGACGGAGCCGUCCUGUGCAACAUAACAUGGAGCGCCGCGGAAAUGGAGGCAGCGUAUGCCCUGCUGGCCUUGAGCAGCUGGCAGCAGCAGCAGCCCGGGGCGGUUCCGAUGGAGGCCGCCACCUCCAGACCAGAGCCAUCAUGGGCCGACGACGAAGGGGCACCGCACAGCGUGGACGUCUACAAAGAGCAAGAAGCUGCGGCCAUGGCUGCGGCUACACCUCAGCCGGAAACCGGCACCGGCGACAGUCCGCCCGUGUUCUGGGCUUAG